AAGAGUUGUUGAGUAUUAAUACAAGAAAAAUUGAAUUGAAUCAAAUUUAGUAAUACUACUAAUAUAUUCAAUAUUUUCGUGCCUAUCCAUACUUUCUUAGCUGAUACAUAUCGACGUCAGUUUUAACCAUAUAAUAUCCAUAUCUUUAUCUGAACCAAACUUCUGACUUUUUCUUUCUAUUUUCGAAUCCCAAUGUUUCUAUUAAAUCCAUCUCAGUGAUAUAUUAAAUUAAUUGUUUUCACAUCUUUUAGAUUCAUUAGUCCCUCUUUGUUUUUGUUUUCCAUAUAUCCAAAACAAACAUUACCCAAUUCUUGUGUUCUUUCCUUUUUCUCAAGUUUGGUUUUUUUGGUUGAUUUUUUAGAACCCCUUUUGAUAUUUAUUUUGUGGGGUUGCAUAAAGAUUGAAUCUUGGUGUAAAAUAUUGAAUCUUGAUUUUUGGGUGUAUUAAGGAUUUGAUUGUCGGUUUUGUCCAGUUCUUGUCGGUGUUUGAGCUUAAUUGCCACGAUUACACAACAAAGGAAAAGCUUAAAGUGGAAAGAUUGGAAAUUUCAUUCUUUAGACUUUCCUAAAAAGAGGUAUUGUCUUUGAUCUAGUAGUUCUAUUCUUGCACAUACCUGGCUUGUUUAUUUCUGGUUCAAUUUGAUUCCUUGAAUCUUGUGAAUAGCCUUUGUUGUCCCUAUUGUCAAAGUAUCAUCAAUUUAUUGUAUUCCUUGAUACUUAGAGCUAGUACAACCUUCGUUGUGCUAAUCUUGUUCAAUAGGUGUAAUCUUUGAGGUAGUACAGCCUUUGUUGUGCCAAUCUUGUUCAAUUGGUAUAAUCUUAGAGCUAGUACAGCUUUUGUUGUGCUAAUCUUGUUUAAUUGGUAUAAGCUUAGAGCCUUAGACUAUUAUUAGGAUCUGUAUAUUGGUGCUCUUAACAUUUUGCUAGAGCAACCUCUAGGAUUAUUAGUCCCUUUUUCCAUUGAGAUGGAUAUAAGUAAUGAGGCUACUAUUGACCUUUUCGCGAUCGGACCCUCUACGAUAUUGGGUCGAACGAUCGCCUUUAGAGUCUUGUUCUGCAAAUCGAUGUCGCAAUUGAGGCAUCACCUGUUUCAUUUCUUGGUAUAUUACUUGUACAAGUUUAAGAAUGGAUUGUCAUACUAUGUGACAACUUUGAUUUCGUGGUUGCACCCUCGCAACCCACAAGGGAUAUUGGCGUUAGUAACGCUUCUCGCCUUCUUGUUGAGGCGAUAUACCAAUGUAAAAAGCAAGGCUGAGAUGGCUUAUAGGAGGAAGUUUUGGAGGAACAUGAUGAGAUCUGCCUUGACUUAUGAGGAAUGGGCUCAUGCUGCCAAGAUGUUAGAUAAAGAGACCCAGAAAAUGAAUGAGGCAGAUCUUUAUGACGAAGAAUUAGUUCGAAAUAAACUCAAUGAGCUUCAACAUCGUAGGCAAGAGGGUUCUUUAAGAGAUAUCAUAUUCUGUAUGAGAGCUGACCUUGUUAGGAAUCUCGGUAAUAUGUGCAAUUCGGAACUUCACAAGGGAAGGCUUCAUGUGCCUAGACUUAUUAAGGAAUAUAUCGAUGAGGUUUCGACUCAGUUGAGGAUGGUAUGCGAUUCUGAUUCGGAGGAGCUUUUGUUGGAAGAGAAGCUUGCUUUCAUGCAUGAAACGAGACAUGCCUUUGGUAGGACGGCUUUGCUUUUAAGCGGAGGUGCCUCGCUCGGAGCUUUCCACGUGGGUGUGGUGAAAACGCUUGUAGAACACAAGCUGCUGCCACGGAUAAUUGCUGGUUCGAGUGUCGGAUCAAUUAUGUGCUCCAUAGUUGCGACUCGAUCUUGGCCUGAGCUCCAGAGUUUUUUCGAAGACUCCUGGCACUCCUUGCAAUUUUUUGAUCAGCUCGGUGGGAUAUUUACUAUUUUCAGGAGGGUCAUGACCCAGGGUGCUGUACAUGAGAUCAGACAUCUGCAGGUGCUGUUACGCAAUCUCACAAAUAAUCUUACUUUCCAAGAAGCCUAUGACAUGACUGGUAGAAUUCUGGGGAUUACUGUUUGCUCGCCUAGGAAACACGAACCUCCAAGAUGUUUGAAUUACUUGACUUCACCUCAUGUUGUUAUAUGGAGUGCUGUGACUGCUUCUUGUGCGUUUCCUGGUCUCUUUGAAGCUCAAGAACUGAUGGCAAAGAAUAGAAGUGGAGAUCUUGUUCCGUAUCACCCGCCGUUUCAUUUGGGACCUGAUGCCACUUCUGGUGCAUCUUCUCGUCGGUGGAGGGAUGGUAGUUUGGAGGUUGAUUUGCCAAUGAUGCAGCUGAAGGAGCUCUUCAAUGUCAAUCACUUCAUUGUGAGCCAGGCGAAUCCACAUAUUGCUCCACUGCUGAGGAUCAAAGAGUUUGUAAGAGCUUAUGGAGGCAACUUUGCUGCCAAGCUUGCUGAACUUACUGAAAUGGAGGUGAAGCACAGAUGCCAUCAGGUGUUAGAACUAGGUUUUCCCUUGGGAGGAAUAGCAAAGCUUUUUGCUCAAGAUUGGGAGGGUGAUGUAACUGUUGUAAUGCCUGCCACUCUAGCUCAGUACUCGAAAAUCAUACAGAAUCCAUCUACUCUGGAGCUACAAAAGGCAGCAAAUCAAGGAAGAAGGUGUACUUGGGAAAAACUCUCAGCCAUAAAAGCAAACUGUGGCAUUGAGCUUGCACUUGAUGAAUGCGUUGCUAUUCUGAAUCACAUGCGUAGACUGAAAAGGAGUGCCGAGAGAGCGGCUGCUGCCUCCCAUGGCUUGUCCAGUACUGUCAGAUUUAAUGCUUCCAGAAGAAUACCUUCUUGGAAUUGCAUUGCACGGGAGAAUUCAACAGGCUCCCUUGAAGACUUUCUUGCGGAUGUUGCUGCAUCACAUCAUCAAGGAGGCAGUGCGACCCGAAAUUGGCGGACACACCGGACCCCGCAUGAAGGCAGUGACAGCGAAUCCGAAAAUGUGGACCUUAAUUCGUGGACAAGAUCUGGUGGUCCUUUGAUGAGGACAACAUCUGCUGAUAAGUUUAUUGACUUUGUCCAGAACUUAGAAAUUGGUUCGCGAUUGAACAAAGGAUUGACUAUUGACCUCAACAAUAUUGUUCCUCAGAUGGCAGGUAGCCGGGACCCAUUCUCCCCGAGCCCAAGGGUAACGACACCAGAUAGAAAUUCAGACACCGAAUUUGAUCAAAGAGAUUUCAGUGUUAGGGUUCCCGCGGAUAGUUCAAGCAUUACGGUAGGUGAAGGUGACCUUCUCCAGCCUGAAAGGACUAACAACGGCAUUGUCUUCAACGUGGUAAGAAAAGGAGACUUGACCCCAUCAAAUAGAAGCCUCGAUUCAGAAAAUAAUAGUUCUGUGCAGGACGCAACUGCUGAGUGUGUGCAACUUGAAAGUCCAGAAAAGGAGAUGGAUGUUAGCUCAGUAUCUGAGGAUGGUGAGCACGAUGCUGGGGAAGGAAAUAGUAGGGUAAAUGAAGUUGAUUCUUUUCACUCUGGUGAAAAUCGUUCGACUGUGGAUGAUGGUAACGAUAAGCAAGUUAUUGACAAGCAAGUUGUUGAUACCUGAGGAGCGAGAUUCGUUUAGCUUUGAUUAUUCUGCACAGGACAGGACACUCAAAUGCUUUUGUACUCGAUGGAAGCUAUUUUCAAAUGGAUUCUACAAAAUUUUGCCUGGGAGUUUCAGAGCUAACACACUCAGAAUUAGGGUUGUAAAUACUGAAAGUGCUAAAUCUGUAAUAAUUAUUCAGUGUAGUCAUCACUCUUAGAUUAGUUCAAAGUGGCUCAGCGUUCAAUGCAAAUUCAGAACUUUGAUAAUUAAUGUUAUUUAUGCAGAUUUUAUUUUUGCUC